AUGGCCGACGAAAAGAUCACAUCCAGUGUCGAGCAUGCCUCCGACAAUGGCGAUGCCUUCAGGCACAAUGACAAGGAAGCGAACCAUAUCGUCGCCAGUUGGCGCGAGGGAACGGACGCAGAGAAGAGACUUGUUCGAAAGCUUGACUGGCGCAUUCUGCCGUGCACAUGGGUCCUGUAUACGCUUGGAUAUCUUGAUAGAGCCAACAUCGGCAACGCAAAGACGGGAGGUCUAGAGCGCGAUUUUGGCCUGACGGACUCCCAAUACUCCAUCAUCGUCCUCCUCUUCUUCGUUUCAUAUCUCAUCUUCGAAGUUCCUGCCAACAUGCUUCUUACACGUGUACGACCCAGUGUAUUUCUUCCCGGCUUGGGGCUCCUUUGGGGUACCUUUGCCGCCCUCAUGGGCUCGGUGCAGAACUGGCAGCAGCUUGCGGGCAUGCGAUUUCUGAUUGGAUUCGCUGAGGCUGGGUUUGCCCCAGGCUGUGCCUUCUUCCUCUCCUCCUGGUAUCGCCGGUACGAGCUGGCGACGCGCUACGCGAUCCUCUAUACCUCAGUGCCCAUUGCCGGCGCCGUUUCUGGGCUCCUGGCCGGCGUCAUAACUGAUCACAUGGAUGGGGUGUCUGGCCUUGCGGGCUGGAGAUGGCUCUUCAUCCUUGAAGGCGUCGCGUCCAUCUGCGGCGCCAUCGUUAUUUUCUUCCUUAUGCCCGACUACCCUUCGAACAGCAAGCGGUUCCUCUCCGAAGAAGAGAUGGUUCUCGCAUGCAAUCGUCUCUCCGUCGACGGCAUUGCUCUCACUCAGGGUACCGGCAGCGAGCAGAUCCCCCACUGGGUCGCCUUCAAGAUGGCCGUCAGCGACUGGCGCGUCUGGGCGCAGUGCCUUCUUUUCACUCUAGUUACCGGCUCCCAAACGAUGCAGUACUUCAUCCCGACACUCGUGAAAAUGUUCGGAUGGUCAGGACCCUCUGGACAAUACCACACCAUCCCCGCUUACGCCGCCGCCCUUGUCUACGUGGUCGGCUCCUGCUAUCUUGCCGACAAAUACAAGGCGAAGUGGCCCCUAAUCUGCAUCCUUUCCGGCUUUGGCUGCAUCCUCUUCAUCGUCGUAUCCGUUAUCCAGAAUCGUAUGGCGCAGUACGUCCUCACCAUCUUCGCCUUUGGGACUAUCUACGGGUGCUCGCCGCUGGUGAAGACGUGGGUCUCCGACGUGAUACCCCAGCCGGCAGCCAAGCGUGCGGUGGCCAUCGCACUCAUCAAUGCGAUAGGCAACGCAUCCAGCAUCUAUGCGUCAUGGCUCUGGCCCAAUAAGGAUGCUCCGAGGUACAUCGCUGGAUUUGCAACGACAACAUCGUGGUUGGGGGUUCUUUGCGUAUGUACGUAUGUGUUCUCGAGGCUGUUUAAGAAGUGGCCGGUCGAGCGUAUGGAUCAUGGCGAGACCAUGGCCGCAGAGAUGCGGGCGAGAAGGGAAAGAGAUGAGAAGGCGGCAGCGGCGUAG